GAUCUGUCUCUGCAUGGGAGCUGGCGUCCUGUCGCUCUUCUUGAGACUGAGGUUGCCACAUCCAGGAAUGCUCAAGGAAAACUCGUCUGUGGGGACACCAAACCCACCCCCACUGCCAAGUCUCCACCCUGGCCCCUGCCAGGACCCCCUACCACACCAUGAGGGUCCUCUGGUAGGCCUUGCGGGAGCGACACGGGGCAGUGAGAAGAUUCUGGCUUCUGGACAGCCGUCGGUGGUGAGCUUCCCUGGAAAAGGGAUGGUUGCCUAGAGAUGACGCCAGGGUCUCUGCCCCGUGGGCUGACUAGAAAGGGGAAGUGGUCAGGAUGGGGCUCACUGUCUCUAGCAGUGGGUGAGGGCCUGUGAGUGAGGAAUGCCUCUCACCAGCUGUGCCUGAGCCGCAGCACUCCAGCCACCGCUGUCUCCUUAGCUGCUCACAUAUGGAUACUUUCACAGUUCAGGAUUCCACUGCAAUGAGUUGGUGGAGGAAUAAUUUCUGGAUCAUCUUAGCUGUGGCCAUCAUCGUUGUCUCUGUGGGCCUGGGCCUCAUCCUGUACUGUGUCUGUAAGUGGCAGCUUAGACGAGGCAAGAAAUGGGAAAUUGCCAAGCCCCUGAAACACAAGCAAGAUGAAGAAAAGACGUAUGAGAAUGUUCUUAAUGAGUCGCCAGUUCAAUUACCGCCUCUGCCACCGAGGAAUUGGCCUUCUCUAGAAGACUCUUCCCCACAGGAAACCCCAAGUCAGCCGCCUGCUACAUACUCAUUGGUAAAUAAAGUUAAAAAUAAGAAGACUGUUUCCAUCCCAAGCUACAUUGAGCCUGAAGAUGACUAUGAUGAUGUUGAAAUCCCUGAAAAUACUGAAAAGCAUCAUUUUGAAACAGCCAUUUCUUCUUUUUGGCAAAGCUGAAGAGGGUUCACACGACUUAUUUUAAAACAAUCAAGAAUGGUUGAACUUCAGUAGGUCUCUGGGCCCUGAAAGCCAGUGGUGAUUUUAUGAAGCUCUGUAAGAUAAAGCACUUCCCAAACCUUAGAUGAAGAUACCCCUGCGAUCAGAUGACUGCAGCCAGAGGAGAGACGUGGGUGCUCUGCUCUGAGGACUGAGACGGCUCAGCCUUGUGCUGUUGAGGAAAGUUUCCAUGGGAAGGACCAUGGGGCUCCAUGGCUCCCACCUGUGAGAAACUACUCAUUUCUUGGCACUCUUUCCCCCUUCAUUCCCUUUGGUUUGCAUGGUUCUGAGUGAUAUUAAAUCUCAGCAUUUGGUUGUGCAGACCCUCCCAGGCUCCCAUCCCCAGCAAGGCCCUCAUCAAGCAUGCUGGUCUUCACCCUCUCACCCCAUCCACCUCCUGCACUGUGAGGCUGUGGGUGAGUUAUAGCUGAGUGCUCUUGUGCCCAGGUUCCCACACCACAUCUCACAAAUUUGCAAGGGCAGGGAGUACCUUUUGUUCCUGCGAACCCUCCCCACCUAGACACCCUGCAAACCCCAAUGCCUUUAUAUGAUGUAGGCCAAAUUGACCAUAGAGAUUUGAGUUUUCACCUAGGUUUUUGCCCCGUGCUUGCAAGUUGUACUGUAACAAUGGACAAAGGACAAAAGUUACCUUCUGAUUUACACCUAGAAGCAUCAUUUUGCAAUAGGUGUGUUGGGGGUGCUACAGGAAAAAUAGAUUUCCCCCAGGAAAAAUCAUGGGGAACAGGAAAGAAAGGGGCAUGUAACAAUGGCAUAUUUAAGAUGAGAGUUCAGGGGGCUUAACAUCCCCUGUCCAUCAUUUUUAUCAGUACUUCCUCGAGUUCUAGGAAAACAGCCUCAAGCCCCUUCCUUCCAGAUCACUGUCCCUGGGCAUCUGGGAGGAGGCAGAAGGUCCAGUGUGAUGUGCUGCAGCCAAUGAGAUGCCAGGGACGUGGGCUGCUGUCUUGUUAAAAAGUGUCCUAAUGGGGUCAAUGAGGCCCAAGUCAGCUUUGUAGGCUCUUAGACCUCAUCAAUUCCUGCUAGCUGAUCUGCCAGAGCCCUGGGAUUUGACUCAUUCUAACUAUACUCACAAGAUGCUGGUUUCUAAGUAACCUCUGGGAAAUCUGGCAAAUGAACAGCCUUGCAGAGAGAGCACUGUGAACCUGGAAAGGCCUGAGAGUGACUCUCAGACUGAGCUUUCCCUCAAGAGAUGGGAAAAUGUGUUCCUCCCAUUUUCAAGCUUUCUCUCUCAAUCAACGCUGGAUCCAGCACUGGGGACCUGGGCUUCCUCCCUGGUUCUCUCUUUCUAGACUCUAUGAAGGCUUCCACCUUGCUAUUAAUACCUCCUUGGGAGGCCGAGGUGGGCGGAUCACCUGAGGUCGGGAGUUCGAGACCAGCCUGACCAACAUGGAGAAACCUCAUUUCUACCCAAAAUACAAAAUUAGUCAGGCAUGGUGGUGCAUGCCUGUAAUCCCAGCUACUUGCGGGGCUGAGGCAGGAGAAUCGCUUGAAACCAGGAGGCAGAGGUUGCAGUGAGCCGAGAACAUGCCAUUGCACUCCGGCCUGGGCAACAAGGGUGGAACUCCAUCUCAAAAAAUAAAAAUAAAUAAAUAAAUAAAUCCUCCUUAUGUUAGGCCAGUAGUUCUCUAACUAUGGCCUUAUGGGACUCUGGUAUCCCACUAGCCAAAGAGAGGACUCUUCCCAAAUUAUAGAACAAAAAUAAGCCAAAGGAUUGGAGUGUUUCAAACACAUGCUUUCUUCUUAUAAAUGUUCUGUAAACCCUCCAAAACAAACAAACAAAAACAAUAAUAAAAUAAAAUGGCCUUCGCUAUGGUCCCUCUUGCCGCUGUGCACAACGCCAUUCCUCUGUAUGAAACAUUCUUCCCCACCUUUGGAUCCUUCCCAUUUCAUCUUGGCUACCCUUUCCUCAUGAUCCAACUUGGGUUAGUGCCUCCUGGACGCUCUCCUUUCAUAGCAUUAGCAUGUUUAUUAUCGCUUAUCUGUCUCUCUCCUCCACUAGACCCAAAGCAACAUGAGGGCAGGGAAUGUGUCCUUCUUUCCUCUACUGUUUUCCCUGUUCCUAGCACAGUGCCCAGGCACAUUGUAGAUGCUCAAUAAAUAUGUUGAAUAAUCAA